CCGUUCGCCAAAGCUGUGGGACUUUUUUUUUUCUCAAUUACCCACACGUGAUAUUUCACCAACCCUAACAAAAACCCUUAGCGCAAAAUUCGGGUGUUGUGCCCAUUGGAAACUCUCGGUCCCUCUACACGUAACGUACCUCAAUUUUUGCGGUAGAGACCAGUAGCCAUCACCAUACACCCACCCAUCACGACACCGACAGGAAAUCAGUCAAGGUAAAUAUAGAACUUGGAGUACAACUGCGAAGGGGAAGAAAAAUAAUAAUAAUAAAUAAAUCGCUAAUAAUUGCUCUCUCAAGAUGGUUGCCGCUAAGAAGCACGUCCCGAUCGUCAAGAAGCGAACCAAGACCUUCAACCGCCACCAGAGCGAUCGAUUCAAAUGUCUCUCCCGCAGCUGGCGCAAGCCUAAGGGUAUUGACAACCGAGUCCGACGACGGUUCCGUGGUAGCAUGGUUAUGCCCUCGAUCGGUUUCGGUUCCAACAAGAAGACUCGUCACCUCACUCCCUCCGGACACAAGGCCUUCCUCGUUAACAACAUCAAGGAUGUUGAGUUACUCCUGAUGCACAACCGCACCUACGCCGCAGAGAUCGCCCACAACGUCUCGUCGAGAAAGCGAGUCGAUAUAAUUGCCCGAGCGAAGCAAUUGGGUGUCAAGGUCACCAACCCCAAGGCCAAGGUCACCACGGAAAUUUAAGGCGCUGGCGGUUGAUGAGGAUGACUAUGGAAUUGGGGUCCGGUUUCUCGUUUUCGGCAGUACUUUGCAUGCAUGGGAAGGGUUUUGCGCUCUAUGGUCUACGGACGGGACAUUCGAGCUAGCAUGUAUUUCGUGCUAGGAAAUACAAACACGCCUUCUGCGAUGACACGUAUUUUGGGCCCUACUUUGACCGAUUGCAUCCUACGCGACUUCACCUGAUCUACGGCAUUGGCCCAAUCACGGCCCAACAUCACUAGAUAUUAACAAGGGCUACAAGUCAUGCUAUGACACGUGUAGAAGUUAUUAUCUAGUGUCACUUUUUCGAUGGCAAUCAUCGUAAUGAAUAUGGCAAUAUUCCUUUUUUUUUUUUUGA